GGAGGAAGCGGCGGUGGAAACGCCGGUGGUGUUGCUGUUGUUGCUGGCGCGGGGCCACCAGGACCCGAGCCGGAUCGCACCACGAGAAUUCACGACGACGACGAAGAGGACAUUACCGAGAGGGAGGACGAGGAGGAGGACGAGGAUCCGUGCAGCUCGCCAGAGCCCGACCUUGAAAACGAGUCCGAACCAAUGGAGAUCCAGGCGUCGGCUGUCACCGCGGCAGCCGCGAAUCUCCACGCGCUCCGUCAGCACGUAUUCAAGAUGUCGGACUACUGGCAGCAGCCCCAGCGCGGUCCACCCCAACAUUCACCCGGGAUACAGCACAGUCCUAUCUCCAAUUCGACGCAACAGCAGCAGCACCAGCAGCAGGUACAGCAGAUGCACAGUCCGCUGGGCCAGCAGCAGCAGCAGCAGCAGCAACAGCAGCAACAGCAGGCCGCGGUGUCGCAGGUGCAGCAGAACGCGAACGCGAGUCUCGGCCAAACCGCGAGUCCCCAGCAGCAAUUGCAGCAGCAGCAGCAGCAACAGCAGCAGCAGCAGCAGCAGCAGCAACAACAGCAACACGCUGCCAUGUCGAUGAACCAGGCGAGCCAAGGUGCGCAGCAUCAGUCUUCCCCGGCACCGACCACGCCGUCGCCGCAGGCUGACCAUCAGGGCGCCAUCGCGUCCAGCAUGGCGCAGAGCCUGCACAGCCUCGCGCAAGCACAGCAGAGCAUGUCGCAAGCGUCCAGCCCGUCGCUGGCGGUGCAAGCUGUCCAAGCGGCGCAGGCCCUCAAUCAGAACCUAGGCCAGGCGCUCACCCAGGCGCUCACGCAGAACAUGCAGCAGAACCUCGGCCAGACGCUGCAGCACAAUCUGGCGCAGAGCCUGACGCCGAGCCUGUCGCCGCAGCAGCAGCAACAGCUGCUCAACCAGCCGCAGAACCUCAGCCAAGCGAGCCAGAGCCUGCAGCAGAACAUCCAGAGCCAGGCGCAAAACCUCUCGCAAACGUUGCAGCAGCAGGCGCAGAAUCUCACGCAGAAUCUCGGCCAGGCGCUUAACCAGCAGGCGCUGCAGCAGCAGGCGCAGAACCUCACGCAGAAUCUGCAGCAGCAGGCGCAGAACCUCACGCAGAACCUGCAGCAGCAGGCGCUCAACAUGGCCGGUAGCAUCGCGCAGAACGGCGGCCUCGCCGGCAUGAACAUGUCGGCCGGUCAGCAGCCGAAUUCGCAGAACUCGAUGUUGAGCCCGGGCGCGACCAGCCAGGACUCCCACGACGCCACGCUCACGGAAAAGCUCGUCAACGAGUUGCAGUCUCGUGCCUCUGCGGCGGGGCUUGGAGGUGCAGUAGGUGCCGGCGGUGGUGGAGGAAUGGGCAACAUCAGCGAACGCACCCUCGAGGAAUGCUGGUCCACCCUGCAGCGAGUGAGUUGAACACUCAGCCCGUUC